GUGGGAAAGAGGAAGGGUGAGAAGCAGGAAGAGGAGAGUCACAGAGUGACCGUAGAGGACAAGGUUUCUCUAUUCCAGAUACUUCUAGGAGUGAAGACUGGUGGCUAGCGGGGAGACUCCAGCUCCGGCAGCCAGUUGGGCAGCGGCAGAGUAAAAUGGACAGUGAGAAACAGACGUUCCAGCCACCUCUCCGCCGCGCAGAGGUCCCGGAGCUGUUCUCUGGAGAACUCCUUUCCCAGCUGGAGUCUCUGAGUCUGCUGGACCAAGGGAGCCAGGGAGCGCCUAGGAGCUGCUCCUCGGAGAUCCCCUCGCCAGAGCAGCAUGGAUGUGCUCAGCCCUGGAUCGGGCAACAACACCACCUUGUCCGAGGGUCCCUUAGGGACACGCGGCAACGCUACUGUCAUCUCCGACGUGACCUUCAGCUACCAAGUGGUCACCUCUCUGCUGCUGGGCACUCUCAUUUUCUGCGCGGUGCUGGGCAAUGCGUGCGUGGUGGCCGCCAUCGCCCUGGAGCGCUCCCUGCAAAAUGUGGCCAACUAUCUCAUCGGCUCGCUGGCUGUCACCGAUCUCAUGGUGUCGGUGCUAGUGCUGCCCAUGGCUGCGCUGUACCAGGUGCUCAACAAAUGGACACUGGGACAGGUCACCUGUGACCUAUUCAUUGCCCUCGACGUGCUGUGUUGCACCUCGUCCAUCCUGCACCUGUGCGCCAUUGCGCUGGACAGGUACUGGGCCAUCACGGACCCCAUCGACUACGUGAACAAGAGGACGCCCCGGCGCGCCGCUGCGCUCAUCUCGCUCACUUGGCUCAUUGGCUUCCUUAUCUCCAUCCCGCCCAUGCUGGGCUGGCGCACCCCCGAAGACCGCUCGGACCCCGACGCGUGCACGAUUAGCAAGGACCACGGCUACACUAUCUAUUCCACCUUUGGGGCUUUCUACAUCCCUUUGCUGCUAAUGUUGGUUCUCUACGGGCGCAUCUUCCGAGCUGCGCGCUUCCGCAUCCGCAAAACAGUCAAGAAGGUCGAGAAGAAGGGACCGGACACCCGCUUCGGUGUGUCGCCAGCUCCGCAGCCCAAGAAGAGCGUAAAUGGAGAGCCAGGGAGCAGAGAAUGGAGGCAAGGUGUGGAGAACAAGGCAGGGGGGGCUCUAUGCACCAACGGCGCGGUGAGACAGGGUGACGAUGGCGCCGCCCUGGAGGUGAUCGAAGUGCACCGGGUGGGCAACUCCAAAGAGCACCUGCCGCUGCCCAGGGAGACCAGUAGUAUCCCUUACGCCCCCACCUCCUUCGAGAAGAAGAAUGAGCGCAACGCAGAAGCCAAGCGCAAGAUGGCCCUGGCCCGAGAGAGGAAGACGGUGAAGACGCUGGGCAUCAUUAUGGGCACGUUCAUCCUCUGCUGGCUGCCCUUCUUCAUCGUUGCCCUAGUCCUGCCCUUCUGUGAGAGCAGCUGCCACAUGCCCACCCUGUUGGGCGCCAUAAUCAACUGGCUGGGCUACUCGAACUCCCUGCUCAACCCUGUCAUUUACGCCUAUUUCAACAAAGACUUCCAAAACGCAUUUAAGAAAAUCCUCAAGUGCAAGUUCUGCCGCCGAUGAUGGACAAGUAGUUGGCAAGUAGGGCCCGCCCCAUCCUCUCCGCCCUCUGGAAUCAACACCUCCGAUAGCCAGUUACUUUUCCUGACUUUCUUAGCUGCUGGGUCCGCCGCUUCCACACCUCAUCCCUUCUACUCCGCCCCCUAAUCCCCUGCGGGAGGGAGUGCGCUUUGAGCAAAGAGCCCCCAAAGGUGGUGCCGGAGGGCCUGGGAAACUACCUGGACCUGUGAGAAGCGACCCGGCUCACACUUCCGCCUCAGAAUCACUUUUGAUCCUUGCAGUCGCCUCCUCCCUCUUCGGCACCCCGCGUCUUCGCGGCGGAAGUUUAAGCCUCAGCCGUUCCAGGCAAAAAAUCUACACAGAAAAAUAAACUGCACACUCAGCCGCCGCGCCCACUAACGGCCCCCACCUAUUCGCCCCACUGCUAGAACUUGAAUUUAAGGUUCAGAAGUUUGCUUCACCUAUUCCCAAUCCUGCCCCGCGCUUCUACCCUAGAAGCUCACUUUUUUUUUCUCCAGUUUCAUCCUUAUUUUGAGCUUCCCUUUACACCCUCGCCAGUCCCUAUGCCUUGGUUUGCUUGUAGGGAAAGGCUGGAGGGUGUGUUGUUCCCAGUGCCUGUGGUGUCCCUGGGAAUCCCUGCUUCCCCGUGUAGACUCGCUGAAUAACUCCUUUGCGCACAGCCCCAUGCUCUGUUUUCUUGGAUUCCAAACAAGUGGCCAGAAGCUGUCUCUUAGAGUGGACUUGUAAGUACAAGCAAGGCUGGGCCAGUGGGGGAGAGCGAGGCGGGAGUGAGGAAGAUUUUAUCCGUGCUUGCCUUGGUGUCAGCACUCACCAAAGAAACUGACAAUCAGUGGGAAGGGAGAACGGACUUCGGUUUGUACAGGCUCUUGGCGAGUCUGCACGUUCUGGCAUCGCCCCUUACUGCUGGCAAUACCCGCCAGCCAAGGUGUGCGUGCUGCGGACGCCAGAGGCCUAAAGGUUCGCGCGCCUACACAGCCGGCUGCUGUCUGCUUUGCGCUUGGCGCGCCCGCGGGGAAGUAACCCCAACCAGAGCCAUUCCCCCGCCUACGUGGCGGGACGCGCACAAGCGCGGAUAAACAACAGGGUUUGAGAAAGCAGAGCGAGCUGGGUCAGGCGGGAGAAGAGACACCCGGGGUGGUGUUCUCUGGCUCUUAAGAGGAAGGGAACGUCAGUGCGCGCAGCCCAGGCUGUAGAUGACGCUCCCUGUGGAACCUGAAAGGGCAGUUUCAUCCCUAGGAUGAAGACUCUAUCCGCCUAACUCACUCCCUGUCCUGUUGGAUAGUAUAGUUCUGUUUAGCGCGUUCUAACGCUACUUGGGAUUUGUUCUGCAGGACGUCCAGGCCAUGUAGCUACUAAGACUUUGCUUUCCAAAUAGGAAUUCUGGGCUUCCAAUCAAAUGGGUCCCGGUAGAUUUAGUACUGUCAGUAACCUCACAGGCGGUUACUUUAAAUAAUGGGGCCCCGAAGACUAGUUAACUAGUUAGGGGUGCUCUCCCUUGGGGGUCCCUGAGAAUCUUAUACAGGGUUAUAUUCGCUCCUUGGCCUGAUGUGAGCCACAGGUCUAGGCCAAACCGGUUUUUUGUCAUUUGAAUAUGUAGAGCACUCCAGGCCUCCUCCCCAAGGGAAAUUACUUUUGGCCUUGCCAUUCCUGCUGAGAAACUAGUUAUAAUCUUUACUGCCCCCAGAAGGGAAGUUAUUUUGGUGCUCCGUUUGAAUGUAAAUUUCCAUCCACAGGACUGGGAUCAAGAGAUUUGUUAGUUAGAUGUAGCCUCUAAUUUUCUGAUGAAUAAUGGUUGUGUUUGCCGUAAUUGCACAAAGUUAUUGGUUUUUACUGCCCUCUCCCUUCAACUGUACCUCUUGAAUCAUUGCAUCUGCUCUUUUGAGAACAGUGUUGCAAAAGUUGCCAAUGGAAAGUUCACUUGUGUGUUAUAGGAUUAAGAAGGUGAAAAAGACAGUUCUAUCACUGAAGCCAUUUUAUUGUUUGUCAACUGAACAAAGCCUCCGUUUGGUAUCAUUUUCUCGAACUGAAACUGAGAGUGAACAUCAUAUGCCAUUAAGACAGAGAAAGUGUAAGAACUCUGGACAUUCAGUGGAUGGUUUGUUUAUGCGUAUGUAAUGAUGAUAAUGGGGCUAAGGUGGAAAAAAUAAAGUAGAUUUCUUCAGCCCAAAAAUUAUUCACUUGAAAAUUCAAUUUCUCUUUUUGCUCACAAUAAUUUCAGUAGAGCUGUAUGAAAAAAAUGCACUUUUCUGUAAGUCUUCCUUAAUUUUUGAACAAAUUAUAUAUAUAUAUAUAUAUAUACACAAUAAUUCAAGCUCAAAACCUUAUCUAAAUUAUGCCUUGGCUAGCAAGUAUUACAUUUAAAGUGUUGAAUCUUCCAUUUACUUGUGUCAUUGACAGCACUGUAUGACAAUAUUUUCUGGACAUUUAUUCUUCCAGCUUUGGAAGAAUUACAUGAAAAUGGGAAAGGAGCAUCCAAUUGGAGUAUAAUUGCCAAGGCCAUAGAGAAAUUUGGGGAAUAAGUGCAUAUCAGCAAACAGCCCCUGAUGCUUUUUCUUUCUUUUACUACUUGUAUUAAGAUAAAGUAUAUAUGCAUCAAAAUUGGCCUUCACUCUUCUCUGUGACAAUAAAAGACUUUAUUAAUGGUAAUGCUUCAAUAAACUGAUAUCAGUAACACAUGCAUCUUUAUUUUAA